AUGCCUGCCCACUCACAAGGGAGCCCCGCUGAGUUCAAUGGGACUUACUGCCAGAGGGCUGACCUUCUUUUCUCUCUCUUUCUCUCGCCUUCGCCCUCAGGCCGGAUUUUAGACAUCCCGUGCAAAGUGUGUGGGGACCGCAGCUCCGGCAAGCACUACGGCGUCUAUGCCUGCGACGGCUGCUCCGGGUUUUUCAAGCGAAGCAUCCGAAGGAACCGCACUUACGUCUGCAAAUCUGGGAACCAGGGGGGCUGCCCAGUGGACAAGACGCAUAGGAAUCAAUGCAGGGCAUGUCGGCUGAAGAAAUGCUUGGAAGUCAACAUGAAUAAAGAUGCUGUUCAACAUGAAAGGGGACCAAGAACUUCCACAAUAAGGAAACAAGUCGCUCUGUAUUUCAGAGGACACAAGGAGGAUAAUGGAGCCACGCCACAUUUCCCCUCUGCAGCUCUACCUGCCCCAGCUUUCUUCACUGCUGUUACUCAGCUGGAACCUCACAAUCUAGAACUGGCUGCAGUUUCUACAACAUCUGAAAGGCAGACCUUGGUGGGUCUGGCUCAACCAACUCCAAAGUACCCACACGAAGUCAGUGGCACUCCCAUGUAUCUCUACGAAGUGGCUACUGAAUCUGUUUGUGAGUCUGCGGCAAGGCUUCUCUUCAUGAGCAUCAAAUGGGCUAAAAGUGUCCCUGCUUUUUCUACUCUAUCAUUACAAGAUCAGCUGAUGCUUUUGGAAGACGCUUGGAGGGAACUGUUUGUUCUAGGAAUAGCACAAUGGGCCAUUCCAGUUGAUGCUAACACUCUACUGGCUGUGUCUGGAAUGAAUGGAGACAACACAGAUUCUCAGAAGCUGAAUAAGAUUAUCUCAGAAAUACAGGCUUUACAAGAGGUUGUGGCUAGAUUUAGACAGCUUCGGUUAGAUGCUACAGAAUUUGCCUGUCUCAAAUGCAUCGUCACUUUUAAAGCUGGUGUACCUACGCAUAGCGGUUCUGAACUCAGAAGUUUUAGAAAUGCUGCCGCCAUUGCAGCUCUUCAAGAUGAAGCUCAGCUCACCCUGAACAGCUACAUUCAUACUAGGUACCCCACACAGCCCUGUCGCUUCGGGAAACUCUUGUUGCUUUUGCCAGCUUUACGUUCGAUUAGUCCCUCCACAAUAGAAGAAGUAUUUUUCAAAAAAACCAUUGGGAAUGUGCCAAUCACAAGACUGCUUUCAGAUAUGUACAAAUCCAGUGACAUCUAGACUGACCUGGGGAGGGGGGAGCAAAUGAGAAUGAUCUGGGUCACCAUUUGUGAAGAACUUCUCGAUCAAUGGAGAGCAAGCCUCAGCUAACAAACUCUACAAGAAGCUGGAGCCUGGAAAUGUUUUAACCUAGUGACAAAAUAUACCCAAUAGAUAUGGUUUUGCGGCCUUGAACAGAGCAACAUUAAGUCCUUGGUGUGGGUGGGAAAAUACUGUGCUCCAUGGAAAAACCUGCUGUAGAAUGAACUUGGCUGCUGCUUCUCCUGGUGGAGCCAAUUCAGUUGUCAUUCAUAGUUAACAAAGGCUGUGCUAGUCUGCCAUUUAGUUGGCAGAUGUGACAAGAUAAAGAAGAAGGUCCUUUAGGGUUGUUGUUUCUUCAUACUUUGAAAAAUGGGGUAACCAAACAUUGUUCUGUCGUCAUGUGUCAUGAGGUGGCCUUCAAAAAUGGUUUGGUUUUUUUUAAGUAGCUUGUUCAAGUGAAUGCUUUUUAUAUGAGAGGCAACAAUGAAUACCAGGUUAUAGAAACAUUUGCUUCAUCUGUAACGUAAUAAUAAA